AUGAUUGAUGAUACUACAAGCGUAUGUUCUAAAACAUGGUCAAAAACAGUUGAAAAUAUCAACAAGGUAGGAUAUUCUGAUGGCAUUGCUGAUGGGCAAUCUUCUAGAUUUCAAACUAGUUUUGAUAUGGGCUAUGAACAAGGCUUGAGCUUAGGAUUACAAUUGGGAUUUGAAGCAGCAAAAAAACAGCAAACUCAUCAGAUUAAUAACAGACCAGAAGAUAUUCGGAAUAUGAACUGUGAAAUUUGUUUAAAUGGUGGCACACUAGCAGAUAAUGUUGUUAACUUAUAUAACACGCAAAAGGAAAAGAAUGAUGAGUACUUAAAAGAAACAUUACAGAAUAAG